AUGUCGAGCAGCUAUAAACAAAAAAAGUUAAAGACAUUGGCGACGCGUAAGAAAACGCGUAAACGCCGCAUAGACGAUGGCACGACGUUCGAGGAUGAUUCGUGUCGAACGUUCCAGCCACCGAUCAUACGGGAUCCAGGAUGGAAAAAGCCUUCAAUUGAUGUUGUAGUGUCUAGCAUUUCCAAGACUACAAGGCAAAAGAAAGCCGAGAAAAAGCGGCGUAAACUUGCUACGGACCAAGGACAAGGCGAAGAUGACGACAUUGCGAUCUUACAGCAAGACCCGGCCCCUAGUGAAGAAGAACAGGACUCGAACGCCAUGAACUUUAACAGUAGUAGUGGUUCACUCCUCACACCUCGAAAGAUGCCGCUACAACUGUGCAAUUCAAUGGAUGACACGGUGGCCAAAGCUAUCGAGAUGCACGCUGAUAUUCGUCGUAAAGAUGGUCGACAGAAGACCAGAGUGCUGCUACUCGUCGACGCUCGAUCAAUUUUCAAGCUGAUGAAAAAGAAAAUGAAUAUCCAUUCUGAAAUGGUAAAGUCCAAGAGCAGACGAGGUGUGGGCUCUGCCAAGAAGCCUGAGAUGGUUUACAAGAACACGGGGCUAGUGAAAACGCCGCUGAACCACUUCAAGGACGUAAACAAGAAUGUUCUCAUCGGUUACAAGAGUGGCAAGUUAUCGUCUCUCCUCGCACAAGAUUUGUCUUUCUAUCCAUACACCAAUUUCAAAGUACAACACGUUAUUUUCGUGGCAAAGGAAGCGGCAUCGGCAAUUAACUUGGAUCGUACAUUGCUGCAAAAUGUUGCAAUGCACUUGUUUGUCAUGAACGACAAGAACACAAGUGGGAUAUUAGAAAAUGACAUCGAGGUUUUGAAUAAAGUCUAUCAAGUCACGAAAGCGUAA